CUCUCUCCCCCCCCUCCCCCCCCUUCCUUCUUCAUGAUCAUGGCUGUUUCUGUUGAACCCCUUGUUGUGGGCCGAGUGAUAGGCGAUGUGGUCGACAUGUUUGUUCCUACUGUUAGCAUGUCUGUCUACUUUGGACCCAAGCAUGUCACCAACGGUUGUGAUAUUAAACCUUCAAUGGCGACCAACCCUCCCAAAGUUGUCGUCUCUGGACACACUGAUGAUCUCUAUACUCUGGUGAUGACAGAUCCUGAUGCCCCUAGUCCAAGUGAGCCAUCUAUGCGUGAAUGGGUCCAUUGGAUUGUAGUCGAUAUCCCAGGUGGAACAAGCCCCUCUAAAGGUAAGGAGAUACUUCCCUACAUGGGCCCUCGGCCGCCGGUGGGAAUACACCGGUACAUAUUGGUGCUAUUCCGGCAGAGGUAUUCUAUGAAGGACGCCGUGAUCCAGCAACCAGCUACCCGCGCUAACUUCAACACCAGGGCAUUUGCAAAUCAACUGGACCUCGGCGUUCCGGUGGCGACUAUUUACUUCAAUGCCCAGAAGGAGCCUGCAAAUAAGAAACGUUGAGGACUGAGGAGAGGUUGCAGCAGUGACGUAGUAUGUGUUUGGUAUUGCUGUUCUGAGUAGUGUUUUAUCUUUAUCGUAAGGAAAAUGGUAUAUGGGUGUGUCUGCCUGUCUGGGGCGGGGGCAGGAGCGGGAGCUAGUAGUAGCUAUGAGUCUCUCCGUGUUUGUUUGGUGUGUCUCUUCGAUCUCUUGUGGCUGUUGAAGAUCUUAGGGUUGUGGCGUUGAGGAGAGUCUCUGUUAAAUAAUAUUAUAUAGAACUCUCUAGCUAAUAUACUAUUUCUAUGGAUCUUAAUUAAGUUAUGCUUUCUUUGUUC